CGGGGGCGGGGCGAAGGAAAGGUGACGUCACCGCAUGACUGUGUUUUUAUGAAUGAAAGGAAUCCGCGGGUGAGUAAUCGCGCGGAGCUCGGGUCGGAGCGCAACGAGCCCGCCCGCCCGCCCGCCCCGCCGCACCCCUCCCGCGUAGCGUAGCGUAGCGCAGCGCAGCACAGCACAGCGCCGCGACACAGCGCGGCCUCCGGGCCGGUACGGGGCGACCAUGGCUGCAGAUGGGCUGUCCAGCAAGGCACUGAAGGUGAAGCGAGAGCUCGGAGAGAACACGCCGCUGCUGUCUGAUGAAGAGUUGAUGGGGCUGUCGGUGCGGGAGCUCAACCACCACCUGCGGGGCCUUUCCAAGGAGGAGGUGGCGAGGCUGAAGCAGAGACGACGGACGCUGAAGAACCGGGGCUACGCUGCCAGCUGCCGGGUGAAGCGUGUCUGCCAGAAGGAAGAGCUGCAGAAGCAGAAGAUGGAGCUGGAAUGGGAGGUGGACAAGCUUGCCCGGGAGAAUGCUGCCAUGCGCCUGGAGCUUGACACUCUCCGUGGCAAGUACGAGGCCCUGCAAGGCUUUGCCCGCACUGUGGCUGCCCAUGGGCCACCUGCCAAAGUGGCCACUGCCAGCGUCAUCACCAUCGUCAAGUCCGGUGCCAACCAGGCUGCCUACUCCUAGUGCUGGCCCCGUCCCUUGGCUGGGCACUGUCCCCCCCAGGGCGUCUUCCCCUACAUACUUGAGGCUCUCCUUUGCUGGGAGCUGCACCCCAAAUCCUUCCCUCUGGUCCCCAGACCUCCGCUUGUAGGGAGGACUGCCACCAUGUGUGUGCCGGGUGGGACAGCACCUUAUUGGAGAUCCCAUGGGGGAAGCCCACAGCCUGGCACUGCCCCGUGGGCCCAUCCCUUGCUGCAUCAGUGGGUGCAUGCAGGAAGGGAUGAGUCCAUGUGAAUGGAUGGAGGCAGGGAAACACCCCCACAGCUCCAAGCUGGCAGGAAAACACAGUGCACCCCAUUUUUUGGGAGAGCUGAGUGCAGGGCAGGAGUUCUCAGGAGCACGUGCCAGAGAGGGAAAUGGGGAAGAGGGUUUUGCAGAAGGAUGAGGAUGAAUGGGGUCAGCAUUAGGCCCAGUGAGAUAAGGUGGAGAUGGCAAGAGAAUGUGCAGGUCGGAGGGGAACAGAAAGUGGCUGCAGGUUGGGGUGAGUGGCAUGGCAUAGCACUGUGACAGCAAUGGAGGGGGACUCUUGGGCAGGAGACAUCUGGGGGCUGCGAGACAAAAAGGAGACGUGGAGGGGCUGUUUUCUCCCCAUCACGGCACAUCCUUCACGCCUCUUCAUGACCUGAGUGGGACACUCAGCCCAACCGGGUGCCUGGAAAACAGAGGCAGUGGCAGGAAGGAAGUGGAGGCAGCUGGAGUGCAGAUAACUGCUGUUUUGCUGCACACAGCCCCACUGGGAUGGCCCUGCCAAGUCCUGUGCUCCACUAGCUCCAGGGCUUGGGCUGCACAAAGUGAGGAGACAGAGGGGUGUGGAGGGCAGAGCAUCUCACUCCUGGGAGCUGCCUGGCAGGCAGCUUCUCCCUUGGGUUUUCCUCCAGCUUGGACAUCAGCACAGAGGUCUGGGCAUCGCCACGCCAGCCGCCCUCGGCUGCAGCCUCCGUCCCAACCCAGAGAGGUGCCCGCCCAGAGGGCACUGUUAGCAUCCCCUCUAUCCCACUCCCCCUGGGUUUAUUUAUUGCACGAACCUAAGUUAUUUUCACGUCCUCUUUGCCAUUCCGCCUCUCGGCACAGCCAGGAUGUUGGUACAGAGCCGUACUUUAUAUUUUAUAUAUGCAAAUCACAUUUUAUCUUAUAUAGAGCAAAAAAAAAAAUACUAUUUAUUUUCUGACUUACAGUAUGUGUCCUACCUGAGUCCUCUGUAUUUUGUAGACUUUACAAAUAAAGUGAGUUCUUUUGGUUUUUUUUCCACAGAGAGUGCGUUUGGUCUUUCUUGAACUUCUAGAGCUGUGUUGGGAGACCAUAAUGUUGUCUACAAUGACCUGAAAGGAGGUGGUAGUUAGGUGGGGUUGACCUCUUCUCCCAGGUAACAGCAAUAGGAGAAGAGCUGAUGGCCUUAAGUUGUGCCAGGAGAGGUUCAGGUUGGAUAUUGGGGAAAAUUUCUUCUCCGAAAGAGUAGUGCUGCAUUGGAACCAUCACAAACCCAGAAUUGGUUCAGAGAAGUCACGCGAGGCAGCUGAAGUACAAUCUAUAUUAUCUCUAUAUUUUUAUUUGUCGUCAUAUUUGCUCAUUUCUGCAGAGUAUAACUUCACAAAGACCAAAAUAGUGAGCUCAGCGACAAGCCGCUCUCUCAUCAGUUAAACACAAUAGGUACAAAACUAGGUGGCUCUGUCUUAUUUAUCAUACAUUUUUUUUUUUCAGUUGUUUAUAUA